GCUCGUGGAGGACACGAACAUGUGGACGUGAUCGGUGGGCCUAGCGGAGUUGAUACUGGCAACACAUUUGACAUGCCCAUCACCAGCAAGUUUUCCUCCGAGGUGAAUGAGUAUUACAGGGAUGACCACUCGUGGGAUGUGGAUUAUGAUAAGACGAUCGUGCGUCCUCACCACAAGCGACAGCAUGGUGAGCAUGGCGAGCACGUUGAUGUGAUUGGUGGACCCGGAGGUGUCGACAUCGGGAACACCUUUGACCUACCGAUCACAAGCAAGUUCUCCUCGGAAGUCAACGACUAUUACCAAGAUGACCACUCGCGGGACCUUGACUUCAACAAGAAGAUUGUUCACAAGCGCCAACACGGUGAUGACGUUGACCUGAUCGGUGGACCGGAGGGCGUCGACAUCGGAAACACAUUUUCGCUGCCGAUCACUAGCAAGUUCUCCUCCGAGGUCAAUGAUUAUUACCAGGAUGAUCAUUCGUGGGACGUUGAUGUUGACAAGAAGCUUGUCCACAAGCGCCAACACGGUGAUCAUGUUGACGUGAUUGGCGGACCUGGAGGUGUAGAUACUGGGAACACAUUUGAUAUGCCGAUCACCAGCAAGUUCUCCUCUGAGGUUAAUGAUUAUUACCAGGACGACCACUCUCGCGCCAUUGACACCGACACCACCAUCGUACACCCACAUCACUACAAGGCCCGCGGCCAUGGCGAGCACGUUGACGUGAUCGGCGGGGCUGAGGGUGUUGACAUUGGCAACUCAGUUGAUAUCCCUAUUAGCAACUCCUUCAAGUCCAAGGUCAACGAGCAGAGCUAUGACGAUCAUUCGGUCGACAUUGACAUCAGCAAGCAUCAUGCCCGCCGGGGAGAGGACUUCAGCAUUCUGGGAGGCCCGUCUGGUGUUGACAUCGGCAACAGUGUGGUGAUGCCUUUCACCAACACUGUCGAUGUUGAAUCCAACAGUUAUCACAAGGAUGAUCACUCCGUGCACGCACAGCCCAAGCAUGAAGCCCCGGCGCCUGCGCCAGAACCCAAGCACGACCCCGAGCCGGCUCCAGAGCCGAAGCAUGACACUCCUGCACCUGCUCCGGAACCGAAGCAUGAGGAUCCAGCCCCUGCUCCCGAGCCCAAGCACGACCCCGAGCCAGCUCCAGAGCCGAAGCAUGACACUCCUGCACCUGCUCCGGAACCGAAGCACGAGGAUCCGGCCCCUGCUCCCGAGCCCAAGCACGAUCCUGAGCCUGCUCCCGCGCCUGCUCCGGAGCCAGCACAUGAGGAGACCAAACCGGAGGAACCUAAGGCAGAGCCCCAUGCGGAUGACCCUCCCAAGCAGCCCGAGGCCAAGGCUUCGACAUCGUGCGAACCUACUGUUCAAGAGGUCGUUCGUACGGUGACACGCACCCUUCCCACCGAAUCCACAGUAGCCCCCAAGGUUGACGCUGUGGCCACUGAAGCUCCUGCACCUACUCACUCCGCCCCCGCCCCGAGUGAGCCUACCAAGUCUGCUGCGCAGUCUAACCCCACCCACGAGGCCGCGGCCCCAACCAACCCCUUCACUCCCAACCUGGAUGAAGCUCACCACGUUCCUGGCUCUGAGCCGUCCGCGACGAGUGUUGUGCAGAGUGCGAUGACGACUGCCGCUCCGACCUGCACGGAGCCGGUUGUCAUGGACAAGAUAGCGUCCAGCAUCACGAUUCAACAAGAUUCCACUUUCCACGUGAUCCCCGUGUACGUGGCACAGUCCUCUGCCACCACUCCCUCGUCAUUCGCCGUCCCCACCGCGGUUACGAGCGUUGUUAGUCGCCACUCCACGGGCGUCGAUGCCUAUGAACCCACUCUCCGCUACAACUUACCCCCGGCUGCACCGUCGGCAUCAUCAACCGGUGUUCUGUUCACCGGGGCUGCAGCACCCCAGGCCGCACCUUACGCUGGCGUCUUUUCGGUCUUCUCUGGUCUUGUGGCUCUCCUGGCCUUGAUCCUGUAA